AGAGAGAGGUGAGUAGAUUCGAACAAGAAACAUAAGGCUGACAAUAAACCUUAUAUAAUAAAAGCUUGGAGCACCAAAAAGUCCCACACAAAUGGAGAAGAAGAAAACAGAUGAGGAAAAAACGAGAGGCUAAAGAAGAAAAGGAUGAAGAAGAGAAGAAGAAGAGAGUAGAGUUGAUGAAGGCAGCGGCACAGGCUUGGCUUAGCCACUCUCAAACCUCAAAAAGCACCGUUUUGGAGUUGGAGGCGCAACGAAGAAAGCAUGCUUUUGUCAAAGGUAGAGCUUCACGUUUCAAAAUGGAGGCCAUGUCCACUACUUGUACAAGCCAUCAUCAUCAUCCGUCGUUUUUGGAUUGGGAAUUCGGACAGUCGUUGUGGGAUCCGUACGAGAUUCUUUCGGUCUCUAAGAAACUGGAACGGGAACUCACGUUAGAAGAACAUACCUUGUCUUCGGAAAAUGGCAUCAUCAAGAAGAAGAAAAAAGAUAGCAGAAAUAGCCUUAGGAGUUUGUUUACUCGUUCGUCUUCAAGGAGAUUCAAACAAACUCAUGAUGCUAUUACUCCUUCAAACUUGUAAAAUUUUAGAAAGGAAAGUGAAUUGUGAAAUAUGUGAGUGUCUUUCUUCA